UGCACACAAAGGAGGCAAAGACAGCUUCUAAGCCAACCUCUCUCGGCCACCCCAACCUAUCCUGUGAACACCUUCCGGUUCAAGAGAAACCCAGAUGUCCAUCCUUUCCACACAUUUCGUCUUCAACCAUAUAUUCUUCACCUAUAAAACCAAGUAAUUAGUUUGUACCAAUCACUCCUUUUCCAUCUUGUACUAUGAAUUAAGAUUCACACCUACUUAAUUAUAUCUAACACUUUAUAGCACUCCUCAAGAACAUGUUGAGAUCUUUCUUGAUCACCAUGACUAAUAUCAUACUGCUCCUGAUCGUGAUCUUCUUAACAACAUGCCUUUUUGUAAACUCAAAACCUAUUAGCAGGGCUGAUUUUCCUAGUGGCUUCACGUUUGGGACUGCCUCUUCUGCUUAUCAGUUUGAAGGAGCCGUGAAUGAAGGAAACAAGGGAGAUAGCAUAUGGGAUACCUUCACAAGGCAACCAGGAAGGAUUUUGGACCUCAGCAAUGCAGAUACAGCAGUUGAUCAAUAUCACCGGUUUAAGGGGGAUAUAGAUUUGAUGAAGGAUUUAGGAAUGGAUGCCUACAGAUUCUCAAUAUCUUGGCCAAGAAUCUUUCCAAAUGGAACAGGGGUGCCAAACCAAGAAGGGAUAGAUUACUACAGCUGCCUCAUAGAUACUUUGCUAGAAAAAGGAAUCCAGCCUUAUGUAACUCUAUAUCAUUGGGAUCUUCCACAGAUGCUUGAAGAUAAAUAUGAAGGAUGGUUGAGCAAACAAAUUGUAGAGGACUUCGAGCAUUAUGCCUUCACUUGCUUCCAAGCUUUUGGAGACAGAGUGAAACACUGGAUCACUUUCAACGAACCUCGUGGUUUCUCAAUUCAGGGUUACGAUACCGGUAUUCAGGCUCCUGGAAGGUGCUCUAUUAUGGGCCAUUUUCUUUGUAAGAGGGGGAAUUCAUCCUCUGAGCCAUACAUUGUAGCUCACAACAUCCUUUUGUCACAUGCCGCUGCUUAUCGUUGUUACCAGUUACAUUUCAAGGGAAAACAAGGAGGUCAGAUUGGAAUAACAUUAGAUUCCAAGUGGUAUGAACCAAUAUCUGACGCUGAAGAGGACAAAGAUGCGGCACAAAGAGCAAUGGAUUUUGCAAUCGGAUGGCUCCUUGAUCCACUUUUCCUUGGAAAAUAUCCUCUCUCAAUGAAAAAGCUUGUGGGGGAAAGACUACCUGAGAUCUCUCAAGGGAUGUCGAAACUCCUAGUUGGUUCUUUGGACUUUGUUGGCAUAAAUCAUUACACAACACUAUAUGUUCGGAAUGACAGGACAAGGAUUCGGAAACUAAUAUUGCAGGACGCAUCGUCCGACGCUGCUGUGAUUACUACCUCUUAUCGGCGUGGGGUUGCAAUCGGAGAACGAGCAGCUUCCCGCUGGCUACACAUUGUCCCAUGGGGCAUCCACAGGUUGCUCAAAUACGUGAAAGAUAAGUAUGGGAACCCACCAGUGAUUAUAACAGAAAAUGGAAUGGAUGAUCUGAAUACGCCGUUCAUAUCUUUAAACAAGGCCUUACAGGACGACAAGAGAAUAGAAUACCACAGGGACUAUCUCUCCAACAUUUCUGCAGCUAUAAGGCAAGACAAUUGUGAUGUUCGAGGUUAUUUUGCGUGGUCUUUGCUGGACAACUGGGAAUGGAACUCAGGCUACACCGUGCGGUUUGGACUCUACUUUGUGGAUUACAGAAACAACCUUACAAGAGUACCAAAAGCUUCUGCUAAGUGGUUCAAAAGAACACCCAGAUUAGAAGAUAACCUGAAAAGCCAAUUGUAAAAUGUAUAAUAUUAGUCACCAUAUAUACACGUUGGGAUGUAAAUUGGGACACAGAAUUGUAAAAUUCAUGGACAACAGAAAGGAAGGAAGAAAAUUCUAACAGGUAAUGAAACUUGGUAAAGAAAGAAACGAGAAAUAUACCAUUUAUCUUUAA